CAGCGCGCAUGCGAGAUAACAGUCCUGUGCUCUGGAUGAUAUGCUGAUGUGAACCGAUAUAGGCUGAAUGUAUGUCCAAGAUAAUGUGAUUUUGUUUUUCCAUAUCCAUUUUUCUGUGACACUAUAAUCGGCGAGUCAAAAACGGGGACUAAUUUUUAAGCAAUUUGCCUUGUAAAGUGUUUUUAAACGGUACAUUUUGUGGUUAAUGAACGGAUAUCUUCAUCUCCAAUCAGCUGACCACCUCUGAAUUCACUGCAUUGGAAGAGAUAACCUGGAGUUAUCCUUUAUUUGCUUAAACAGAAGCUAUUCGGAACCCAGAUAUUUACUCUUGUGUCAAAGGAGCCUGUAAGGAUCGUGUUUGAACAGUAACGGGAUCUUGGAGAUGUCAGGCCGGCCUAGGACCACCUCAUUUGCGGAGAGCUGCAAGCCAGUGCCGCAGCCUUCAGCCUUUGGCAACAUGAAAGUCAGCAGAGAUAAAGAUGGCAGUAAAGUUACAACAGUGGCCGCGACCCCCGGUCAGGGUCCUGACCGGCCUCAGGAGGUCAGCUACAUGGACACAAAGGUCAUCGGGAACGGCUCGUUUGGGGUGGUUUAUCAAGCGAAGCUGUGCAACACCGGAGAGCUGGUGGCCAUAAAGAAGGUGCUGCAGGAUAAAAGGUUUAAGAAUCGUGAGUUACAGAUCAUGAGGAAGUUGGAUCACUGUAACAUUGUCCGUUUGCGCUACUUCUUCUACUCCAGUGGAGACAAAAAGGAUGAGGUGUAUCUGAAUUUGGUGAUGGACUACGUGCCUGAAAACGUGUACCGGGUGGCCAGACACUACAGCAAAGCCAAGCAGAAUCUGCCCAUGGUCUAUGUCAAGCUAUACAUGUACCAGCUGUUCCGCAGCUUGGCGUACAUCCACUCGUAUGGGAUCUGCCAUCGAGACAUCAAGCCGCAGAACCUCCUGCUCGACCCAGAGACAGCUGUACUCAAACUCUGUGACUUUGGAAGUGCUAAGCAGCUGGCGCGUGGUGAGCCUAAUGUUUCCUACAUCUGCUCGCGCUACUACAGAGCCCCUGAGCUCAUUUUCGGAGCCACAGACUAUACUUCCAGCAUAGACAUUUGGUCGGCGGGAUGUGUACUGGCAGAGCUGCUUCUUGGACAGCCGAUCUUUCCUGGAGACAGUGGUGUCGAUCAGCUCGUUGAAAUCAUCAAGGUGCUGGGAACUCCUACACGAGAGCAGAUCCGGGAGAUGAACCCAAAUUACACUGAAUUCAAGUUUCCACAGAUAAAGGCACACCCGUGGACUAAGGUUUUCCGGCCCCGGACCCCUCCGGAGGCGAUAGCUCUGUGUUCCCGAUUGUUGGAGUACACGCCUACAGCCCGAUUCACUCCUCUGGAGGCCUGCGCUCACACUUUCUUCGACGAGCUCCGUGAGCCCAACCUCAAGCUCCCGAAUGGAAGAGAGCGGCCUGUGCUGUUUAAUUUCACUACACAGGAGUUGUCCAGUAACCCUUCGCUGGCCUCUGUACUCAUUCCUGCACAUGCUCAGAACCAGGUGGAAAACUCUUCCCAGUCUAACUUGGCUGCAACAGGUGCCAACAGUGGCGAUCGUGGUCCGAACACCAACGCUGCCUCUGCCGUCCCUAAUCCUUCAACUUGAACCCCAUCCACCCAUCAAUGGACCACUUUUACGCUGCUGCUUAUUAGCCACGCCCACUCCCCGGGGUCAAUGGCGUGGCUAAAACUAACUGAAAAGCUCAUGUUAUGAUGGAUGCACCAAACCAAGCCUUCCCCAGUCAUUGUCUUUGUUUUUAUUAAUAUUUUUUAUUUAUUGCUCUAAAGGAUGAAUCGUGGGCUCAGAAACACCGCCCCAGGAUUAUCUGCGGUGAUGUUUGACAAUUAUCUCUCUUUUUCUCUAUAUAUACACUUAUAUAAACCGUUACACAUACAAAUAAGUUUUCAUAUGUCUA